UAAGGAUUAUUCAGACACAAGAAGGAGAUCUGAACUCACCAUGAAUCGGAUUGCUAUACUUGUGUUGGGCAUCGGCCUUGCGGCCUCUGCGCUCGAAAAGACCGCGUUCGUUCCCGGUACCGAGUACGUAUACGACUACCAAGGCCAGGCCGCCACAGGUCUACCAGAUUCAAGCAAGACUUUCUCAGGACUGAAAAUCCAGGCUAAACUCCGGAUCCAAGUAAAAAGUCCUGGCGAGUUUAUCCUGAAGGCCGACCAGGUUAAAGUGAUGUUCUUCAACGGAGAACUGCCAACUGCUGAACUGCCAGUUGCCCAGCUGCCAGAAGAACUCUUCACCCCCCUGACCGGCGAACCCCAACAAGUUAUGGAACAAUGGUUGAUGAAACCAGUGGUUUUCAGAUAUGAACAAGGCAUAAUCUCCGACCUCCGCGCCGCAUCAGCCAAUGAACCAUCCUGGUCCAAGAACAUCAAGCGGGGUAUCCUCAGCGUCCUGCAGAUCAACGUCAAUGGCGUCCAGAGGAUAACAGCCGAGGAUAACGAGGCGACCCAGAUCAGUAACCGCAUGGGCAGCCAGGCAGACAGCAAGGUUUACUUCAGGGCAAUGGAACAAUCCGUUUAUGGAGAGUGCGAGGCUGCCUACCACGUCCGCCAACUUCCCUCCAUCUUCACGCCACAUGGCCGGAAGGUCAUGAACAUCUCGAAGGUCUACAACCACAAGAACUGUCAGAAUGCUCCCGUUUACUUCAACUCUCUCUUCAAGGGACUCAAGCUCUCUGAGAAUAUCACACAAGCUGAACUUCUGAGCAUGGGAACAGUGGUGAACUACAACAUCUCUGGUGACCGAGCGAACUUCUUGCUAGAAUCUGCUGAGGUCCUUGGCCAGCAAGUGUUCACCCCAUUGAACAAGGAGAAGGGAAGUGCUAUUACAUUCACCAACCAAGCCUUGAAACUUGUGCACCUGAUGCAGAUCCAGAGCCCAAUUGUCGUCCCCGCCUCAAUGACCCGAUGGAGGAGAGGUCUCAUCAUGAACAUCCCUGAGGCUGCAUCCCAGUUCAGCAGCGGCUCCUCCAUCAACUCAGGAACACCCCAAGGAAUCAAUAGACCUGAGGCGAUUGCUUUGAUCAACAUGAUCGUGGAUGCCACCGGUGAUCGUGAAGCCAAGAUCCCCAUGGUCAUCAUGAAACUGAUGAAGGUACUCCGUGGAGCCACCCUCCAGGACCUCCAGGCCAUCUGUGCACAGUACAUAACCGUCCCAGAGACUCAACUCAACGACAAGCAACGCACCAUCAGAACUAUCCUCCUCGACGUGUUGCCCACCAUCGGCAGCAGGGCUUCCAUCGACUACAUCAAGUCUCUCCUGACUGGCGGCAAGCUCCCAAUAAGUGACCGAGUCGCACAACUCUUCAGCACGGUCGCCCUCAUUACCAAACCUGACAUGACACUCGUCAACACCGUCAAGAGCAUCUGUGAGCUACCAGUUGUGGGCGGCGACGUUCAGAUGAAGAGAACCUGCUGGUUGUCAUGGAGUGCCUUGGCUCGUCAGCUGGUCGUCCUCAAGGAGCAACAACCAUCUGCCAAGGUCGACUUGAGGUCAUUGUGGCAGGAUAUCAAGGGUAUCUGGAAAGUCCAGAAAAGCGAGGAAGAUCAACUGCUUGCCCUGAAAGUCAUCGGAAACAUCGGCUUGGUGGACUCUAUUGAUCUGAUAGAUACUGUCAUCCAUGAGCCAGCCAUGACCAGAAUGAUCCGUGUCCAGGCCGUCUACGCCCUCCGUCAUCUUGCCCAAGUUAUUCCAACAAGGGUGCGCACCAUUUUGCUGCCGAUGUACACCAACCCGGAGGAGAGGACCGAACUGCGUGUUGCCUGCUGCAAGAUCAUCAUCGACACCAAGCCGUCUCCAGCAAUCCUCGAGAUGAUUGCCCAGUUACUCUUGAGAGAGACCAACCUCCAUGUUGCCUCCUUCGCUUACUCUCACCUCAAGGCUAUCUCUGAGUCAACUCUACCAAGUCUCAGGAAACUGGCUGCCGACAUCAAGAUGGCCCUUCGCAUCGCCAAGCCGAUCACACCCGGAGCCCACUACCCGAAGUACCUCCAUCUUCCAAUCUACAAUGACCGCCUUCGAUUCGGUGCUGCCUUGGACCUGUCCUACGUUCCAACUCAGAAGUCCAUCCUUCCCCAGUCUGGUGUUGUCAGACUAAACACACUCGUCUUGGGUUAUGACAUCAACGUCUUUGAAGCUGGCCUUUACACUGAGGGACUCCAGACCCUAGUUGAGAAGUUCCUCGGCCCACAUGGCUCUCUCCGUGCUUCAAAGUCAGCAUUCGAUGUCCUGAAGCCACGUGUCAAGCGCUCCGAUAAGGAAAGCAUCGACUCAAUCAAAACCAAACUAAACGUAAAGCCCCGUGAACCAGAAUCACCAAAGGGAUCCGUCUACAUCAAGCUGUUCGGCAGUGAACUUCGCUUCUUCACCCUUGGACGGGACUUCAUCACCGACAUCAUGAAGGCCGGUGUGGUGAGCAUCAAGGAUAUAGAAACGGAACUCCGCAAUGGUAAGGCUGUCAACAUCCAUAAGACCGUUAUCCUCGAGGAUGGUAUCCUGAAGGUCCCCACCAUGCUCGGUCUGCCUCUCACUCUCAACCUGACUGCUGCUGCUCAUGUACAUGUCAGGGGACAAGUCAAUGUCACCGUCACACCAAGCCUAUUCCAGGCCAAACGUCCAGGACAGACACCAACUGAGGCUAUCGCUGGUAUUAAUGUCACACCCAAGGUGAUUGUCAAUGUCAUUGCUACCAUGGGUAUCCACACUCCCUUCAUCCGCACUGGUGCCCUCUUAAAGGUUUUGCUGCACACCGCUGCCCCAGUGAGUGCCAAGUACGUCAUGGAUAUCACCAACUCGAAGUCUCAGAUCAUCGUUGACAAUUACCAACAGGAACAGAAGGUGGUCAGCAUCGUCAGUGAACCAGUGUGUGUCGUCAAGUACCUGCCCAACCUACAGACCCAGAGCAACUGGGUUAUCAAGGAACAGCCGAUCAAGAACGCCAUCCAGCCAACAAUUGAGGAUACUAUUGUAUUAGGCAAGGAUACACUUGGACAGGCUGAACUUCACGUGAAGUACAUGGUCCCCCGCAUGGCUGGGCCUAUUCGUUCUGGUGAUUCUAAUCUGCUGACCGUUACCGGCAAGAAGGCUGUGACCAUCACCGCUCGCCCACCAACAGAGAGAGCCAACCAAAUUAUUAUUGAAAUGUCAUACAAGAAUAACAGCAAGCCGGUUGCUGAAAAACCACGAGGCUCUCUUCUGUGGUCGUUGUUCGGGGAGGGAAGUGAAGAAACCCCAUCCGACCUUCCGUCUGCCCCAGGAUUCAAGCCAGUUACUUCCCAAGUCAAACUGACUAACCCAACAGAGCACCAGGUCUUGGUUACAGUCAAGGGAGCACAGGACCGCUACGUCAAGACUCAGCUUCUCUACCAAGUCAAUGAACAGAGUCUUAUCCAUAACUGGGACCUGCAGCUCAUCAGGAGCGCCAUUCCAAAUUACGAUACCAAACCAUACAAGAUAUGCGUGAACCAACUGUUGACAUUCCCAAGACUUCCCGAGAGUUUCACAUCGCCCAUCGCCUUGGCACAGGCUAAGAUUGAGACCCAAACAAAGAUCAUGCACGGUGAGGAGUGCCACGAAGAGAAGAAGAUGGAAAUCAAGGUUGCGUCGACCAAGUCGUCCGAGCAGAUGCUUAUUGAACAAGAGAGUAUCAUCCGCCAGUGGCCAGAGUUCGCUCAGUGUUCCAAAGACAGUUCCAGUCAGCUGAAAUACACCCCGGCAUGUGUCGCCCUGAUGGAGAGACUCUCACAACUCAGGUCAAUGGAAUUUGAAGUCGCCUAUAAGCCUGAAACGAUUCAAUCUUGGUUGAGGAACUACCUCCACGACUACUUGAACUACGUGCUGAGAUUCGACUACUUGCUGCCGCAGGUCAUCUUGGAGAACCGAGAGAUCGCGACGCGUGCCGCCAAUGGAACUCUCAAACUGAAAAUCGGUGUCUCUCAUGUCAAACCUUGGUUGAUGAAGCCUGCCCCAAUGUCUCCCCUCAACACCCGUCUUGAAGAAGUAGAACUCUACUCUCUGUUGAACGUUUCUCUGGUCACCCCAAGCAUGGCAAGGAACAUCACUGCACAGCUCCCAUUCCCCAUGUCAAUCUCGGCAAGAUCGUGGUGGCCCAUGCGUGCCAUGCAGUAUCUGUUCAACAACCAUCUUCCAGCAAUCUGCCGCUUGAAUGGUAACAAGGUGCGCACCUUUGACAAAGUCCAGUACGACAUCCCUCCAGUUGCAUGUGACACCCUGGUCGCCGCCGACUGUAGCCCAGACGCCCGAUUCUUGGUCACCAUCGCCACCACGCCCAACUCUGCCAUGAAGACCCUGAAGAUAUUCAUUGAAAGGCAGAGGCUGCGUAUCGUGCCAUCUGGAAAUAGCAUGCGGGUUGAGGUGAAUGGUGUGACCAAGCAAAUCAGUCCAGAACCGCUGAUCAUCAGACAAGUGCCGUCCGACACCAGCAGUCCAAUCAUCCUGAAGAUCUUCCUCGAUGGCUCGUUCGUCAAGGUCCAUGCCCCUCUAUCCCUGGUCGACGUCCACUUCACAGGACUUGAGGCAAUCGUCAAUACCUCUCCAUUCUACUUCGGCAAGACCUGUGGGCUCUGUGGUGACUUCAACGGCGAACAAACUAACGAGUUCAAAACACCAACCAAGUCCGUCCUCCAGAAGCCUGCACAUAUGGCCGUCAGCUAUCUGAUCCCUGGGCCACAGUGUGAUGCCGAGGCCAUCAAGGCGCAAUAUGGAUACGUCACUUUAUAUUCACCGAUCGGCUGCUCCAGAGUGUACAAGAAUCUUAUCAUCGACCGCCACAUCAACGAUGAGGACAAGAAAUGCUUCUCCAUCGGAGGAGUUCAGCAAUGCGUCGGCCAAUGCUCUCAACCCAUCCUCUCUGGCAAGCGGCUCGUCAGGUUCCACUGCAUUCGUGCUGAUGAGGAGGCAACCAGAAAUCUGGUCGCUGAAGUUAGCACAAGCGCUAUACCAUUGAAGAAACUCGAAACUAUGGGUGUGGACACUCAAGUCGAGGUGGACCGUGUUAGCUCAUGCGGCCCAACAUUUUAGAUUGGUUUAAGACACAGCUAUGGACAUAACUUAUUUGUGUGUGAACUGAUUUUUUUCUGAAAUCAUCCCGUGAUUUUUUGAAGGGAAGGAAAAACGGUGUGUGCAUCUAUUUUGUGCCUUGUUAUUAAAGAUACGAUAAAUUGCGAUCAUUAUGAAUCGAGCAUGUCAAAGAGGCCAUUUAAAACCAUGGGCCUUAUAUCACUUUAUUGAAAAAAGGGACUGUUAUAACAGCAAGUUAAGAACAACUAAACCCAAUACAGUUUAUAGUGUAAAUGACGUAAAUAUAUUUUAAAUUGUUGAAUGAACAUCAUGCUUGAAAGAACUUUUGAAAAGAUGACUUGGGCAAAAUUGUACAUUUCCUCUAAAAGUGACUUACAUGUAAGCCAAUACUUAAGUAAUAUGGCGAUAUUAUGUAGUUAAAGACUCUAGUUAAUUCCUAUUAUAGUCAUUCAAAUAUAUGUAUGUAGCAGUGCCAGAUACAAGUGUGACCCACACGACAAAAUGAGUCGCAUGUCGCACAGAAGCUGAGCCUAAAAUGACAUCAGGAAAUAUAUGAAGAAAUUGAUGUACUCAGUUUUCAUAAAAGGCAGACAAUAGUGAAAUGAACAACCUGUCAAGCUAGGAGCGAUAUGCAACUCAUUUUGUCGUGUCGGGUUACAAGUGUCUGGGUUAAAUGUCUUCAUUCCCUCUUUCAAAAAGGUUUCAUUUAUUCAAAUUGUGCUCUACCAAAGGAAGAGUUUGGACAUAAAAUUUCUACUGUUUAAAAAUCUUACAUUUUGUGUAGAACGUAUAUAUAAUACAACAUUUACCAUCCUGAUCGUUAACGCAGAUAUAUCGGCAUGAAUAUAUACCCGACUGUCUUACACAGUCAUUGAUGUAAUUGCAUGGAUUGUAUAUGCUAUAACCUGGUAACAGCAGUACAGCUUGUAAAACACAUGAUACAGCAGUACAGCUUGCCAAACACCUGGUAACAUCUGCUCAGUACAGUUUAUUAAACACCUGGUAACAGCAGUUAAACUUAUUAGAUACCUGGUAACAGCAGUACAGCUUGUGAAACACAUGAUACACCAGUACAGCUUGUGAAACUAACCAGAAUCUGAAAUUGUACUUCAUCGUUACAACGAAUGUCAAAUUUUAGAUCCAGAAAUCAAAGCUUUUUUUUUUAAUUUCGAAGUACCUAACCUUUGCGACAACUUUUGUCGAUUUUAAAAUAUACACUAUAUUGGCUUAUAUAUGCACACUAACAGAAUGAAGUUGGGUCAUAAUCUGUGGCAAUGCUCUCUGGUAUACAAGGUACAAAAACGGAAGGCUAAAGUUUGUCUCUGGUAGAUUGAAAUAAUCAAUUAGAAGAAGUUGUGUAUAACAUGUACCAACCAUACUGACUCCAGGACAUUCUUGCGUGUUAUGAACUGUAAUGUAGUGCUAUAUACUAUGUAAAUGUCUUUUGAGAUCAUUAAAUGCAUUUUACAAUUA